AUGACUGAGAAUAAUGUUUCGUUAAAUGGCGAGGAUGUGCCAUGCCCAGUUUUUGAAUUUGAAGAAUCAACCUUUCCAGGAAUGAUUGUUAAUCUUCUGCUAACUCAUUUUCAAAAACCGACACCAAUUCAAAGCAUUUCUUGGCCGGUCGCUUUGAGCGGGCAUGAUCUGAUCUCAAUAGCAAAAACUGGUUCUGGCAAGACAAUUGGCUUCAUUCUGCCUUCUAUUGUGCAUGUUCAGUCACAGCCAACACGAAAUCUUCAGGAUGGACCAGCUGUCAUUAUUCUACUUCCAACUCGAGAGCUUGCUCAGCAAGUAGAACAAGUGGCUCAGGAAUACUGCAAGGUUAUGCGAAUUAAUCUUGCUUGUUGUUAUGGCGGUUCACCUAAGGGGCCACAGAUGUCAACUAUGAAGAGAGGUGUUGAUAUUUGUGUAGCUACGCCUGGCCGGCUUACGGAUUUUAUUGACACGAAUGUUGUGAAGUUAAAACGUUGUUCUUUGCUUAUAAUGGAUGAGGCUGAUAGGAUGCUUGAUAUGGGUUUUGAGCCGCAGAUUCGUAAAAUUGCACAACAAAUUCGAAAUGAUCGUCAAACAUUAAUGUUCUCAGCAACUUGGCCACAAGAUGUGCGCAAACUUGCUUCAGAUUUUCAAAAGAAUCCAAUUCAUUUAACUGUUGGAUCUUUGGAGCUUUCUGCCAACCACAACAUUGAGCAAAAUGUUGAAGUGAUUGAUGAGUAUAACAAAACAAAACGACUUGAAGAGAUACUUGAAGAUAUUUCGAAACAAGUUCAAUCUAAGACGAUCAUUUUUGUCAAAACUAAGAGGAAGGCUGAUGAACUUUCUCGUUUGGUUCGUCAAUCUGGUUAUCCUGCAUUAUGUAUUCAUGGAGACAAAGACCAAAGUGAACGAAAUUGGGUUUUAGAACAAUUCAAACAAGGAAAAGCUAGCAUUCUUUUGGCUACGGAUGUUGCAGCGAGGGGCAUAGAUGUGCAUGACAUAAAAUUCGUGAUCAAUUAUGAUUACCCAAACAGUUCAGAAGAUUAUAUCCAUCGAAUUGGGCGCACUGGGCGUCGUGAUCAGAAGGGAACUGCUUAUUCCUUUUUUACAAGUGGAGACAAUGCAAAGGCAGCUGAUCUAGUCAAGGUCUUACAAGAGGCUAAUCAGAACAUCCCAGAAGAAUUGGAGAUAAUUGCGUUUAUGCGUGAUGGACGGGGCAGAGGUAAUGGUCGAAAGCGCGAUUGGAAUUCUGGAAACGAAAAUUCAUAUGGCGGGAGAGGCAGAGGGGGAGGAAGCCGAGGCAGAAGCGAUAGCGGGCGUGGGAAAUUUGAUGGAUUUGGAGGAGGAGAGUCAAAGCGUAUUCGAUACGAUGGUGAGUAUGUUUAA